GUACUCCUGCACUCAUCCAAUCUCUAACUUAAUCUUGAGGGUGGAACAACAUGAAGGUCACUUACUUUGUUGUGUCUUGUUUCGCGGCACUCACAGCUGCUGCAAAUCACUACCUGCCGAGGGCGAUUGGGGACUACUGCAGUGCUCCAGAGGGCGUGGGAACAUGUCAAAAGACGUCCAACUGCAACGGAAUUGCCUAUCCUAACGGGUAUUGCCCACAUGACCCCGUUGACGUCCAGUGCUGUGUCCCCAUCAAAUGCUCCGCCCCCUAUACCAGCUCGCUAUGCCGCCACACUGCCCAAGGCUGUAGCGGCGGCUCUUUCAUCUCCAACCACUGCCCCGGUGACUCUACGAUUAAAUGCUGCGUGAAGUCCGAGUCUUCGAACAAACCCUCGUGUUCCAAUCCCGCGGAAAACACCUGCACGUUCUACCCCGACUGUCUCGAAACGAAAGUCAAAUGCGGUGCCGCGGGCUAUCCACUCGGCUAUGGCCUCAAGUACUGCAAGUUAUUCACUGCCGCAGCACCAGGAUUUUCUAGCGCUGGGAAAGCAUGGAUUACGAAGACCAUGCUCUGUCUUCAACGUAACCUGGUUCCAUAUGCGACGGGCGAACAGGCCGCGUCGUGUCCUGCGUUGAAAGAGUUCGCCUUCGCCACGCACCCGGGGUGUUAUGUGAGUUCGGGUGUAUGUGCUCUGCCGCCGACUGAUUGGGAUAAUAUUAUCUCGACAGUGAGCUUGAAGGAGUUGUUUGGAAGUGUCGAUGCGUUGAAGGCUACUUUGCAAACAGCAGGGGAUUGUGUGGAGUUUUAUGAAUGGUUGAUUAAGAAGGGUGUUAUCAAGGUUAUUGACAAGGUCGAAGACACUGCGAAGAGUAUUUGGAAGAAGAUUACGGACUGGUUCUAGGAUUUGAGAGUAGUGAAAGGCAAACGCAGACUGGGGAGAGGGUAUUUAGACAUUGGAAAUGAGAAACCCCAUCCAGUCGAUUUUGGAGGAUGUCAGAUUUCGAACCUUCUACUCACCCACCUCAACUCUCCCUUCAGCGAGUCCAUACGCAAGCGAUGCCUCGAAGCAGUAUUUAUGCAUGCGUGCCACUAAUGAGC